AUGGCGAAUAACACUGUCUCAGAUGCGGCUCAGACCGACGAGAAGCAGCUGGAAAGCACCACGCAACAGGGAUCAGGCAACGCUAGCCUUGAGGCGAACCAAGAUCCAAGUGUUGCGCCCACGGACGAUGAUGAUUACCCAGAAGGAGGCGCGCAGGCAUGGCUUGCGAUCGUGGGCUCCUUCUUGGUCUACUUCGCGUCCUUCGGCGUCGUCAACAGUUUCGGUUUCUUCCAGACCUUCUACCAGCAAGAAUACCUGAAGAAAUACCCGCCGUCGGUUAUCUCGUUCAUCGGCACACUGCAAAUUACUUUGAUGUAUCUGUCAGGGUCGUGGCUCUACUUGUUCGCAGCUAUCGGAGGCGCUGGCUCGAUGCUCGCUACGUCUUUCGCGCAACCGAACGCGAUCUGGCAGCAGUUCCUGGCACAGUCUCUCCUCUUUGGUCUCACCGUGGCGUAUGGAGUGCAGCCUGCUCUCACUGUCGCAGGCCAGUACUUUAAGCGCAAACGUGCCUUAGCCAUGGGCAUAGUUGCUUCUGGAAGCAGUAUUGGAGGCGUUUGCUUGCCAAUUAUGUUCUCGAAGCUCAUCCCAGCGAUAGGGUUUCCGUGGGCGCUGCGUGUCGGCGCACUGAUCCUGCUAGUCUGCUAUGCAAUAGCCAUGGCCAUCUGCCAGCCUGCACGGCCCAAGAGGAAGCUGGUAUCGCUGCGACAUCUUUUCGACUACAAGGGCUUCGUGGACAUCCGCUUUGCGUGCCUCUCUGCUGGAGCAGUCAUCUCAAGCCUUGGGAUCUAUGUUCCCUUCUACUACAUAGAGUCUUACUGUGUGGCCCUCGAUGUCAGCACGGAGCUCAAUGCUUAUUUACUACCGCUGAUCAAUGCUUCAAGCCUCCUCGGCCGGAUCAGGUAUGCCACAAGCUCUCUGGCUCUUUCAACCUACCGAAUCAAGCUGACUUCAUCAGUGGAGGAUAUGCAGCAGACCGCCUCGGACGACUCAAUGUGCUCUAUCCUAUGA